UUGCAAUGCUAAAGGCCUAUUAGGAAAAUAAACAUACAUUGUUUGCUCGAAAGGUAACAGAACAUGAUUUGCCUGUGAUUGUGAAGGACGCACCAUUCCAUGGCCAAUUCGUGGAGAAGCAGUAGUGGAAAUUUAAAUUUUGUCAUAUUUUCAAACAAUGUUCAGUCAUUUGAAUUGUGUCAGGUUUUGAUGCAUUUCUCUGAUGAUGCUACAUAGGUAUUGUAAGACUAGUUCUUUUACCUAGUGGCACACGCAGGCUGCGAUAGCGGUGCUAACGAGGGGAGUGGGUUUGGGGGUGGAUUUGGGAUGGAUUCGGGAUAGGAUUUGGUGGGCCGCGACAGAUUUCAUCAUUCUUGUCCCGUUUAUGAAUACUGCCUAAGAUGCCAUUUAUUGACUGGAUAAUUUAUGAUCUUGCUGUUUACUUAUGUGCACAUUUAGAAUUCAGUAAGAUCCAAUUCAUCUUAGAACCUUUUUUAUUUUUAACCCCCCCCCCCCCCUUAUCUCCCCCAAUCUCUCUCUACAGAGAUGUUCAUGUUGAAAAAACAAGGUUUUGAUAUAUACCACUAAGACUAAUUUUAUGGUUAAAAAUUGUUUCCAAGCUAAAUGAAAUGAUCCUUAAGAUUUUAACAAUUUUCCUAGCCCUAAAGGCUUACUUUUUAGUUUUUGCAUAAAAAUUGUGAUGCUAUUACUUUUAUUAAAAAUUACCAUCACCUUUUGACAUUUUUCCUAAACCUAUAGUUUAACUGCCGAAUUUGGCAUUAAAUUAAAGUUUCUAUAUUGAUAAAAUAUAAUCAUAGAGCUGCCUCUAUUGAUGCUAGAAAUGUUUUUGGAAGCUGUUUUAAAUCGCUUACAGUUAUUUUGAAUGCAAGCAACUUCCAUCCAUUUUUGCAAUUCUCCAAUGCGAAAUAUGCAAUUCUACAUCAAAGGCGUGCACAUAGCUUGAAAUAAAAUCUGAGUGCUACAACCUUUUUUUAGAAGUACGUAAGGAUAAAACUUGUACUAGGUGUAUUUUUACUUUCAUACAUAGAAAGUAGGUUACGAAAAACGAAAAUAUACAGCAAACAGCGAAGAAAAAACGAAAACAAAAAGCAAUAUUAUGUGCCGUCCACUGCCGAAACAGACAUGGCAUCAUCUGUAGCUUGCUGCACUUAACAAUUGCAUUAACAGUCAGUCAGAGUUUCAUGUUUUAGCAGUUUUGAUAAUAAAGGUCCUGGAUCAUAAUUUUAAUUCAGAAUAACUUUCUCUCAAGACAAAAACUGCAACAGCAACAGAACAAGAGAAGAAACAUAUUCGCCAAAAAGAGAAAACGCUCAAACUCCAUGGUAAACGAACUGGGCUAGUCGCAGGACAUUGGCAAAUAGGAUUACAGUGUAAGUGCCUCUGCUUAUAAAUGUUUUACGAGCAAAUUGAUUCGUAAGGAAUUUCAAAUGAGGAAGCUUGCUUAAAGACGCUAUGAACAUGCAUAGAAAGAUAAAAUGAUGCCCUUAAUAUAGAAGGCUUUUAACUGGUGAAGACAAAUUAGAAAUAUAAUCAAGAAGGUUAAUAUACGCUUCGAGGUAGUCAAGUGCAGGGCAGUCAUCCAUGCAAGGUUUCCUCGUGCGCCCAAUCACUCGAUCGAGCUCCUCGUGAAUUGUAAAAAAUUGAAUGGAAACAGAAAGCUUGUGAACUAGCAAAGAUAGACUUUCCUGGCAAAAAGUUCAACUAGAAGCCAUGUGUUGCACUAAGUAAAACUGUUAGUAGAAUAUUAUAAUGUUUUAUAAAGACCUUGAAGUUCAUAUGGUAAUUUUGAAGAAAAAGCUUUUUCACGAUUCAAAAACCAACCCCAAUAUAAAAAAAGAUAUUUUUGCCCUUUCUAAACCAUGUAAUUCCUUGCGGUUUACUGGAAAGCAAAACUACACAAUAUACAUAGUUCUGAGUGCACUCAUCCCUGAAGUUCAUAAGUUGGCUCCAAUGAAAAAAGCUCUUUGUAUGACGUUAAAACCAACCUCGAUAUGAAAAUAUGACAUUUUUGCGGUUGUUAAACCAUUUAGUUCUUUGCGGAUAACUGGAAAUUAGAAGACAAUAAAGCCCCGAGUGAAUUUACCCCUUUAAGUUCAUAUGAAGGUUCCAAGAAUUGGUCGAUUGCUUCUCUUGUCAACUAAUAGCCAUACAUGUAUAAUGUUUCGCCUUUUCUUAUAAAAAAUCCAAAUCAAUUUAAUUUUUAUCCAUUCAAAAAGAUUCACUGCUUGGCUGCUCCAAAACAGGGGAUUGAUCGGGUUGAAUCAAAUGCAUUCUUAUGAUCUGUCAUGAAGUUACAGGCCUGUUCACAUGGUGACAGUAUGAUCCUACUGCAAGCUCUCAACGAAGGGUAGCCUUAGUAGGGCUAUGCUCCUGUAUACUCUUUAAAGUUUUUAUUUUCGGUAACCCUACCCUUAGAACUACCCUAGCUGAGAAGAAGGGCUGUUCUAAAGCUGGCCCCAGUUUUGUCUUUGUAAACGCUCCACUAAGGAUGACUUGCCUGCAAUGGUCAACUUUAGAUUGCAAUUUAUAGUCUUAGUCCGUGUUUCUACAACCUGUAUAAUAUUGCCUGUAAAGGCUAGCUAUAACUGACCCGGGACACAGGGUAAGCCUAGCGAUUGGGUUACUCUACAUCCAGAGACGCUAGAAGAACCGCAAGGCAGAGGGUAAAGCACCAAAAGUAAGGGCAAAAUAAAUGCAAAAUGAAGAAAAUGUAGAAAAUUCUGCGAGCGCAAGGGGGCAGCCGAAAUUCUUUACCAGAUAGAAGAAACAAUUUUUCUGUUACGAAAGGCAAUGCAUGCACUAAAAAUGCCGGAAAAAAUAAUCCCACCCAACAGAAGGACGAAGCCUUCUGCACCAAAAAAACGCUUCGUACAUGAGAGAGUUUGAGUUUUGACUUAAGAAAAGAAAAGAUGAGAAAGUUUGAAGUUAGAAAAUGUGAUUGUCCCGCACAAUACAGCAUUCUAUGGGAAAGCUGUUGUCAGUGCGCAUGAGCAAUGACCCUGUGACGUUGAUUGGUUUAAAAGGUCUUGUUGGAAUAUAAAGAGUCGGAGCCACCAUCUUCCCAUCAAGACCUAGGGCAAAAGUGGAACAUUCUUGCUAGAUAGAAUCUGCAAACGAAGCAGUUUUUCUUUGCUCGUCGUGCAAAAACCAGAUUUCCAAGUAUUCAAAGACAACGAAGCAGCCAAGCCCUAUCAAAAUGGUCAUCGAGACAGUUAUCGUGGCAAGCUUGGUCCUGUGUGCCCUCCUCUACGCGAAUAUCUUCAUCCGCCCAAAAUCUUUCCCGCCCGGCCCGAUCCCGCUCCCCGUUAUUGGAAGUAUCCACCUUAUUGGCAGUGAACCCCAGAAAUCAUUGAAGGCCCUUGCAAAGAGAUAUGGCCAUGUGUUCAGCGUGUAUUUUGGAGGUUGGCCUGUUGUCGUCAUAAGCAGCAUUGAAGCAGCAAAAGAGAGUUUGAUCCAGAAAUCAACUGAUUUUGCAGGAAGGCCUGUUUCCUACACGGGGAUAGAAGCAGCAAAAGGACAUAAGACAGGGCGAGGCAUUGACAUCGUGUACUCUGAUUAUGGACCAUAUUGGCAAGCCAUAAGAAAACUAGCGCACAAAGCACUAAAAAUGUAUGGGGCCAACAGAGUGCAACUUGAGAAAACAAUCAACACACACAUAGAUGAGCUGAUAGAAAGGUUUGCAAAGAUCGACAGCCAAUGUUUAGAUCCAAAGAGAAAUUUUGGUAAGUUGUUAUCAGUAAAAUAUUUCAAAACUCUGUGUGACCGGGGAGUUGCAGUAUGGAGUGAUAUCCGAUCUUUGAUUAAGAUCUCGAGUGUAUUUUCUAGGCUAUUCCGUUUUGGUACGGCUAGCAGUUGCAUUAACAACGGUUCUGACGGGCCAGGUGUAAAUGGAAAGCCUAAUUGUGCACAUUUAAGUUCAGUUCCCGAUGGUUUUAGUCUCAUACAAACGCUGCCUAAGAUUAAAGGGAUUCGUAUCGCAUGGUUAGAAGCAAACCGUACCGGUCCAAAAUUUUCGUGUCAAAGCAGCAUUGGGAUAGUUAGAAGGGCUCCUGAAUGCAAGUGCAUGGCUAGGCCAGGGAUGAACCCCAGUAUGCUUUGCGCAACCGUAAUAAUUGAGUUCUGUACCAUGCUAAAUAAGAUACUAACUGUGGCUCUUUUCUUUAUAGCCCUUAUAUCCACUAAUGUCAUCUGCCAGAUCGUGUCUGGGUCAAAAUACAACAUAGAUAACGAAGAGUUCAUGGCAAUCAUGCACUCUAAUAAACUAUUGUUCGAAGGCAUUGUGGGAACAAGUGGUGUCGACUUUCUCACGUGGUUGAGACACUUUCCAAAUCAUAAUGCCCGUCUGAUAAAAGAAUCUGAAAGUCUGCGGGACCCAAUAUUGGCGAAGUGGUUAAAGAAACACCGCGAGACAUUUGAGAAGGGAAACAUCCGCGAUUUCACUGACGCAUUGCUUGAUGCCGCAGAUGAGGAAAUAAAACAAAACAAAUCUAGUGACAGAUAUUUGAAGGAGGAAAAUAUACUGAUGAUUAUGGCAGAUGUUUUUAGUGCGGGCAUUGAGACAACGGCAACAACUAUGAAUUGGUUUGUUGCCUUCUCCGUACUGUGGCCAGAGACACAGAAGAAAAUUCACGAGGAGCUCGAUCGAGUGAUUGGGCGCACGAGGAAACCUUGCAUGGAUGACCGCCCUGCACUCAACUACCUCGAAGCGGCCAUUAAUGAAACCUUGCGCUUUGCCUCCGUUACACCGAUUGCUGUUCCACACUGUACCAAAUGCGACACAUCCGUUGCUGGCUACAAAAUCCCCAAGGGUACACACGUUUUUUACAAUUUGUAUGCCAUGCACCACGAUGAGCGUCACUGGGUUGGUCCAGAAGAUUUCCGACCCGAGCGAUGGCUGGAUGAAGAAGGCAAAUACAUCCCAGGCGCAAAACCCUCUUUCCUUCCAUUUUCAGCCGGAAAAAGAGUAUGUUUUGGAGAAGCACUGGCUAAAAUGGAGCUUUUUCUAAUUCUUGCUAAAGUUUACCAAAGGUUUGAAUUUCUGCCAGGCAACAAUGAGGAUCUACCCAAAGUUGAUGGCUUUGUUUUUGUCACACAUGAACCAAAACCGUACAAGAUCCAGGUCCGCAAGCGUCUCUAACCCCCCAGAUACAUGCCAAGCCUGCCAGAUUCACGUAUCUGAAUGCUCUUUCACGAUAUGUAAUCUAAAUUUAAUAGAAUGGUUAAAUGUUCGACUGCAUGUACAAAAUCACACGUAAUCGAAUGAUCUCUAGCCAGGCAGGCAUAAAAAAUUAAUGAUUGGAUUCACACAAAUAUUAAGGCACUACCAAACUAAAAUGUUUGAUCGUUAGUAUCUACCUAAAGCCAUUUGGGCUUAUUUAAUCCUGACAAUGCUAUCAAUGCCAUUAUGUUAUCUAUUUCAGGCCCGUAGCCAAGGGGUGGCAUGGGGUGGCAAUGCCACCCCUGGAGUAAGAGAAUUGCUUGUUUGGGUCUCUUAUUAUCCAUAUAUUACCCAUAUAUUAUGUUUAUUGGGGUCUUUUAAGAUGGUGCCUGGCGUUCAAGAAAAACUUUCGCUUCUCAGCAAAACUUGGAAAAAGACUUGCUGAAACGUCUGCCUGCAACAGGUCUGAGGAUUUGCCACCCCUACUCUACAGGCCUGGCUACGGGCUUGAUCUAUUUAGCAAUAAACAUUAACUGCCAAAGGCAAUAAUUCGGAAUCCAAGCAGAUGAGUCGGAAUUAUUUCUUGUAUUCCACAAACAGGGUAUCAGGGGCGUCGCGACCGGGGAGUGUGGGGAGGGGUGUCACACCACCCCAAUAGUAUCUCGAUAGGAAAUUUCAGGUAAAAUCCCCCAGUUGAAGAAACGCUUUAGGUAUUUCAGCGACCUUCAUGUAUUUACAUCAAAAAAGGAUCAAGCAAAGAUAGUUGCUCCUUUGGCUAAAUAUGAUAUUUCUUGAUAUGAAGGAAGAUAAAAAAACUAAUGACUUAAAUAUUUGAAGAUUUCUUGUUGGCACAAAAUCUAGAAAUCCAGGCACUCUUUAGGUAAAAUUGUGUCUUGUGUCCAUUUCCCCUAAAAAGGCAUGCUAAGAUGGAAAGAGGGAUCUAAAUUGGCAACCAGUGCCGCUUGUUACCUAGCUUUAGAAGUAAUUGCCAACAUGGAAUUUUGAAUACCACGGCGAAAUUGUACCAGUUGUUUUUAUCUGCUGUUCAAUUUGUUUGCAAAAAUAAAAGAAUUUUCGAUAGGAUUAGGAGGAUUACAUUAGUAAAAUUUACUUAAAAGAGGGCAUUUUCCACGGAAUUGGAAGCAUCAAAAUUCGAAAAUUUUCUACCGCCUCAGGUAGGUGCCCGUCCAGGUAUACAGAUUUGGCAAAACUGUUGUUUUGAGACUCUAUCGACUUGUUCACUGCGAAACAUGCAACUGACUAAACUCUACGUGACACGAAAGU